UAAUUUUUAAACAAACGUUAGGUAAGCAACCUGGUAGAUAUAUCACUUAUGGUGUUAUUUUGAAGUCUCUAUUGCUUUGUCCAAGAUAAAAAAAGUGAGGUCGGUGAUAUUUACAUACAGGCUACGUAGGUCUUAUGUGGGAGUGAUUGCUCUGCGUUCGUUGACGUCAUCGGAUCCGAGAUCCAAUAACAAGAUAUAACUACAACAAAUCUACCAAUAGACUACCAGGGCUCGAAAAUCCCAACAUGUUAUGCUACCUGCAGCAUCGGACAUAAGGAGUCUCAUACGCUUCCCUUGAAGCUUAAGGCCAUAGCAGACGCUGGUUUUGACGCCAUCGAACUAUCUAUGCCAGAUAUUUUGGCAUAUGGUAAGAUGCUCCAUAGUCGAGAACCAGACCCCAAAGACUAUGACGCACUUGUGGAGGUUGGAAAGGCGAUCAAAACACAAGCGGAAGAGCACAGGCUGAAGGUUUUGAUGCUGCAACCUUUUGCCAACUUCGAAGGGUGGCCGAAAGGCAGCAGCGAGAGGAAGGACGCGUUUGAGCGUGCCGAAGGGUGGAUACGUAUCAUGGAAGCUGUUGGCACGGACAUGUUGCAAGUAGGGUCAUCUGACGCAACCGGGAUAUCAUCCUCGAUCGACGACUUAGCUGGCGACUUGGCCGAACUAGCAGAUAUGUGCGCCGCCAAAGGGUUCCGCAUCGCGUAUGAAAACUGGUGUUGGGCUACGCACGCUCCGAAUUGGAAAGACGUGUGGCGCAUCGUUGAGAAGGCCGAUCGGUCAAAUCUCGGUCUCUGUCUGGAUACCUUCCAAAGCGGCGGCGGCGAGUGGGCGGAUCCGACCACGAAGUCUGGAUUAAUCGAGGGUAUCUCGCGGGAGGAUCUCGAAGCGAGGUGGAAGCAGAGCCUGGCCGAACUCAGCAAAACAAUCCCGCCUGGGAAAAUCUACCUCCUACAGAUCUCGGAUGCGUAUAAGAUGGACCCCCCUAUUGAAGCCGAGCAAAACAAAGAAGGGUUACGACCAAGGGGUCAGUGGAGUCAUGAUUACCGGCCUCUCCCUUACGACGGGGGCUAUCUUCCCGUUGAAGACUUUCUAGGGGCUGUGCUUCAGACUGGGUUCAGAGGCUGGUUGUCGAUUGAAGUAUUUGACGGGAAAGGACCUAACAAGUACUCCGACAUGCUCGAAUGCAGCCAAAAGGCUAUGUCUUCACUUUCCAAGAUGCUGGGUCAAUAAGGUUUGAUGUCGAAGGAGUAAGACUGCUAUGAAUAAACACGAUCAAACAAGCUUGCGCAGACCAGUGAUGCCUAACCGGAACUCACCUAAUAAACAACGAUUUACCUAGGAGAUGCCUUUCCUAAUUCCAAGCACAUAUAAUACAAUUGCAAUCAAAUAUUUCACAGUUGAAGGAUUUCUUAUCUUAUUUGAUGACUGUUAAAGGGAACCUUUUCAAAUAUCACCGCGCCGCGCCGCCCUUCACCCUUUCGCCUAAGUCGGUAGUUGAGAUAUAUGCUUCUUGGGCCUUGGGUGGUCAAAUUGCCGAGGCUUUUUUUUUUUUUUUUUUUUUUUUU